AUGGCUCGCAGCGGAUUACCACGAUACUUUACAAGUGAAAAUGUCGAUAUGGGGACAACUCUUAUUGCUAUGGAAUUCGACGGUGGAGUUGUGAUUGGUACAGAUUCGAGGACAAGUUCUGGAAAUUACAUAUCAUCUCGUGCCACAGAUAAAAUUACUCCCAUUACGGAUCAAAUGGUUGUUUGUCGUUCUGGCUCUGCAGCAGAUACACAAGCAAUUUCCGAUAUUGUAAAGUACUAUAUUGAAGUUUAUUCAAUGAUGGAAGAAGAAAAUGUCACUAUUGGACGCUCUGCUCAGAUCUUUCGAAAUUUUCUGUAUAAAUACCGCGACUCUCUAUCAGCAUCGGUUCUGGUUGCUGGCUACGAUGAUGUUGAAGGUGGACAGCUGUAUGCAAUUCCACUGGGUGGUUACGUAACUCGGCAACGAUGUGCAGCAAGUGGUAGUGGUAGUACAUUUGUACAAGGUUUCCUCGAUAGCCAGUGGAAGCCUGGAAUGAUUGCUGAAAAAUGUAAAGAAAUAGUACUCAGUGCAGUAGCUCUGGCAACAAUACGUGAUGGGUCUUCUGGAGGUGUUAUUAGACUAGCUAUUAUCGACAAAACGGGCACGCGAAGAAUGCUUAUUCGGCCGGAUGGGAAUCAAUUCCCGAAGUUUGCUGAUAUCCCAGCACAUUUAACAUAUCCGAAACACAUUAUUCAGUGA